UUUUAUAAGUGACUAGUGAAGUGAAAGGUCGAACUGGAAGAAACUAAUCAAUCAGGAACACUACCAUUGGUGAGGGAAACGAUACCAACAGUGAAUUGUGAUACAAGUGAAUUGAUAAAACGGGACGAGGAAGAGAGUGAGUGUCGGAGUGAACGAGAAGGUGUUGAAGAACUGACACCCACGCAGAUGAAAAUUUCGCUUCCCCCGUAAAGCAGUGGAUGGACUAGCAAAUUGUUCCCAAAUGCAUUAGUGAGAUGAAUUAUUCCCAUGCAUAGCCCUCUGAACGAGUAACUUAAUCCCAGUGCACAGUUUGAGCCAACCUUUGGACAUUUCGAACAUUAAAUCAGAAUUGAAAUCGAUUGUGCAGCACACAAGCUGCUGUGCAUUAAGUCAAUUUUGUGGAUAGCAUAAAAAUAAAUAACUAAGCCUAGCACCUGCAGGGGUGUUAAAGCAACAAUUAUGCACAGUUUUCUGCUGGCUUUGUUCGGUUUGGUGGCGCUCGGAAGUGCGUCGCUAAGUUAUCCAAUUUUCGGCACUAAGCGGUACAGCAGAUCAAAUCUGCUCGCACCUAGUAACAGCUAUGGCAGCUCACUUUCGAUGCCUAUCUAUCCUCCAGUCCCGCAAUAUUACGAAACCCAGUCGCAGUUCAUGCCGUUGCCAUCGUACUCGAUGAGCCCCCCUUCCUCUUCGGAUUACUAUGACGAUAGUAGCUACUACAACAGCAAUUAUUAUUACGUGCCUCCGGUGCACCGAAGGCACCAACGGCAGGACAAGUAUCCCUCCUACGGGCUUCCUACCUAUCGGGGCGAAUACAAACCGACGCCAUACUAUUACGCACAUGCUCCCAGCUACAGCUACUCAGACGACCGUGAGUCCAACAAUCCCUUGGACGAUCUGCACGAAGAAAUGCUCCAAGAAGACGAGCGAGAGCGAGCACGAGAAUUCCUACCGGUCGGUCAGGAGCAAUGGUACGAAAGUCCUUCCCGGUCCGCGGCCGAUUCGGCAUUUCUGCGCAAUCUAAUCAUGUACAACAAUCAGAUGAACUCACUGCGCAGCAAACAACCGGACUCGAACGAGGAAUACGAAGAAUACGAAGAGGCUGUUGAACCCGAAUAUUAUGACACAUCCUACGCAGACAAUCGUAAUAAUUACAAUACGUUCGUCAAUCCAUAUAACAGUAAUGUGAAUGGUCGCGAUGCUCUCAGCAAGAUAACUAAUCUGCGAAAUAGUAUGGCGAAAAAUGCGGUCGAAGACGAUGAGGAGGUUCAAGAGCUUAAGUCCCUCAUACAUCAGCAGAAAAAUAGCAGGCAGCAGCAACAACAGCAGCAACAGCAGCAGCAGCAACAACAACAACAACAACAACAACAACAGCAGCACCAGCAACUACUUCAAAGGCAAACCGAAUCCCAGACCCCAGCUCCCUUCCAGGACAUCAAGCAACAACAACAACGCUCGCUAACGAACGACUACCAGCAAUACGGAUCCCCGGACAACUGGCAGCGAGAUAGUCCGGCUUACAAUGACUAUGAAUACGAAAACGAGUACGAUGACAGCUGGAGUCAUUGGGAUCGCAAACGAAAUAUUCAACCCAAGAAGGUUUCAAUCGGUCUACCGCCCUUCAUUGGUGCUACCACUAUUAGCAGCAGCAGCAGCACAACAACCACCACCACUUCCACAGCGGCCCCGGAGAUCGCCACGAAACCGAAGGUGGACAUCGUUCAGGGUCACAACGGACAGAAAGAGGUGGUACUGCCGAGGCCUGCCUCCCCGGUACGCAAUCCGUUCGUGAAUGGUAACGCCGCGGGUAUGGCGAAGAGCCACGCCGCACUUCCGUCGUCGGUAGAGGUUAAUGCGGUACCACAGUCGAAGCUGGUCAAGCCUUCCUCGUCGGGCAGCGUGUUCGACACGAUCAGGAAGAUCAUAGACAUGCAGCAGCACUUGGAGGACGUCGAUCUAACGCAACAACUCGACAACCAGAAGCACCAGGGCUUGAGGGUCCAGAAACGUUUCGUGGCCAGCGAGGGAUCGUUGGUCCAGCAGCUGGACGGUCUCAAACGAACGGCGUAAAUAUAAACUAUUACGAUGCACACAAAAACACUCCCAAACCGAACCGCUAACGUUUUUCAACUUAACUCGCAAAAUAUUUCCCUUCCUUUCGGUACCAGAAUACUUACUUAAAAUAUCCAACCUUCCUCCAACGUCCCCUCGUUUCCUUGCACACGACAAUUCCGGUUGAUUCCGGUUGAAUCGAAGCCGCGAAAUUUACGCUCCCACACAAAAAUACGCAUUUUCUUGAACAAAUCACUACGUUUAAAUACGACGAAUUUCUCAACGACUACUCAGCGUUAUAAAACAAAAAGCAGCACGACGCAACUACUUGGUGAUACUUAAUAUUAUAGGGACAAAAAUAAGAGAGAGAAAAAGGAUCAAUGUUUUUGUUUUCGCUCUUAAUUGUAAACUAGCCUAUUUUCACAUUGAUAUGUUAAAUGGUUUUGAUGAAUCACUUCGAAAGCGAAAAAUGAGUAUGAACGAAAAAAAAAAGCAGGAACAUACAUCACAAAAAUAAAUGAAAAUAACACAAAACAAAAAAAAUACACUGAUUGAGACUGAAUUAAUGUAAAUAAUUAUAAACUGAGUAUAGCAAACAAAAGUAUAUACAUAUAUAUUUAGGGAGAACGCGAGAGAGCAGGAAACAAGAUCUUUGAGAAUUUUUUAGAAUUUUAAGUCGCCGGUUUGAUUUCUGAUGAACCAGAAAUACUCUCUUCAUACUUGAACCGUUCGUUAUAGUGUGUGUACAUUGAUUAACAGCAAUUUGCGUUUAAGCUUUUGCCACAUUCAAUCUGAUCCGCUUGGACAUUCCGACAGGGAUGACGCUCACCUCGGUUCACGGUUCACGAGUUGGAAAAUAAGGAAAAUAAACCUUGAUCGGUAGGUGACCGUCAUCAAGUCACAAUUACUUAUUGCUAGGAGAUAAUCAUGUCAAUUUCUAGAGGAAAGAGAAAAGAAGAGGAAACAUUAGAUGCUUUUUUAAUAUUUUACACAUACACACACAGUUUUAGUAUAUUAUACAUUGUUAAUGGGGUGUUGCAAACAGCUGUUGCAUCCAAUCCCAACAAUAAGCUCCAGUAUAAGCUUCACUCGACCUGCAUACACAGCAACAGAAGAAGAAGAAAGUAACAAACUUUGCUCAAUUUAAUUGAGUUGAAGUUUCCAUCUGCGAACAAAACAAAAAAAAUCACUAAAGGUCACACAUAUAUAAAAGUAAACUAUUCACGUUAUAGAAGGGACAUUGAGACAGAGGAAAGAGACGAAAAGACCCUUCCAAUGGCAGCUAGAGCCCAGAAUUAAACAUGAAAAUGGAAUAAAAAAAAAUUAAAUAACUAACCUGUUGCUUCCGGCGGGGUGCUCCAAUGGGCUUUUCCUACCCUCGCAGGAGGGAAAGGGCUCCCACCCCGGAAGUGAAUGCAAUGACAUAGGCAAAAAAAAUUAAAAUUUCCGCGGUUCCGCUAAUGAUAAAUAAUUAUUGAAAAACGUAGCUAUGAUAAUGACAAAAUACACAGGCAACUAUAAUUACACUAUCUACCAUAAACGAACUGAUGUUUAGCAGAGAACAGAGAACAGGUGAACCAAAAACUAAACGUUUUGGGGUCAACUUCAGGCAGCAGAAUCAAAAGCAUGAGGUGACUCUAACUUGUAAAUAAAAUUUUAAGCAGUGGAAAAUCAGAUAACAAACACAGCAUCUUGUAUCAAACUUUGUUCCUUCCAGAACACGAACAUUUUGCUGCUGCUUUUACUUUCCCGCUGUGAAUCUACAUCUACGAAGCGGAUAGCUCACAACCAUUCGCUUUCCUUCCUUCCGAGAAUUUCCUUUUCAACCUUUGACAUUUCAAUCCGACCAACUUUCUGCCUUUGGGCAACGGACCGGAUUAUUAUCAUUUUCCCUCCUGCGCACUGAUUAAAAUAAGCACACCACAUUCCUUAUCAUUACUUGAUGUCCUGCGUUUCACAGGCCAGGCGCGGGUGCUAGUGGCACUGAAAUUAACAUAACCUGAAACAGGAUAGCCCAGCAACGUUGGAAUUUCUCUUGUAAUGGAUUAUGUUUUGAGCGGAAGCCCACACACGAGAGUAAGGACUGCAUGUAGCUCGAAUAGUACUGGCUAUUUGAUACUGAUUUAACUAGAGAAAAGAAUUUUGCUGCUUUUCUGUCAAUCCCCCUGGUAUAUUUUUUUUCAAGACUCGCACGCUUGAGAAAUAUUUCUCUCCAGUUUGAGAGAUAGACAUCGCUGUGUGCGAGAGAUAACACAAUCCAACACAGACCACACCACACUUGCUCUCUCCGCAAAUCCUCAGCACUUGUUAUGACGUCAAUUGGUGAAACUACGCUCGAUACAGGAUCAAAUUUCUAGCAAUUAGAAUAAUUUCCCCACAAAUCGUAACGCGAAGUCGGCGGAGCGGAAAAUCCAUGUCGCAUUUAUGCUAUCGCCACGUAACCAUACCGUGUCGCGGUUUGCAUGCACGAGGACACUCUGUGGCAUCUGGAAUACACUCUCGAUGCACGGAUCAGCUGCUUUUUCUGCUGAGGUUUAGCCAAUGCCAAGGUUAUCCUCUCACGAGGAUUUGUUGGCACCCUGACACUUCUAUCCUUGCUUGUUGUUUGCUACCAAAUAUCGUCUAAGUUGGAUUAAGUGCAAAGUACACGGCUUCGCCCCAAUACACUAGUGCAAUAUGUAUAGUAAAACUGAUGCAACAAAACAACGUACCUAAGCAAAACUGAAGUAAUUUUAAACUGGAGGUGACCAAAAAACCAACCUAAGUAACUUCAAUUUCAAACGCGCAUUUGGUAACACAAAGCUAGGACAUGAAACACAAUAACAUGAACCGAACAAACUAAUAAAUGGAAAUAACCAGUAUUUAAAAUAAAUAGAUAUACAAACAUUAAAUAACAAAAACAUCUACUUUUCCAUUCAAUCCAAACAAAAAAAAACUAAUAUUUGUCAGAAGAGAAAACAAAUCAUAUCCAUUCGCACGCCACAAACCAGAACGAAACGUUCCUUCCUUCGCACCAACUCCAUUGAUGAGUCGCUAGGAAGUGUAGGCCGAACAACCUUCGAUCGGGCUGGCCUCGUCUCAUUCAACGGCCAUGAAAAGUAAAUCUCAUCAGCCCAAUUGGACAACCCAGUUGAAAAAUUCCAUCGCUUGGGGAAUUUCCCGAGCUCCUUCUUCCCCAGAUUUUCCGCUCAAAACUCGCGUCUCAAAUCGUCAAGUGACGAACGAAGCACUGCGGGUGAUUUGGAAAAUUGCCAUCACACAAUUCACUUUCACUUUCACUGCCUUGCAGGAUUCGUUCCAAGAGUUCACGCGUUUUGCUCAUCUUGGAGGCACUAAACUUCUGAACCAAACCACGCGUCUCCAUUUAAAACCCUCAAAGAAGCACGGGAAAAAAAAUCCCGGAUGUAAACGACUCAUCAGCUCCAUUUAUAAUUCAUCAUAACCCGAAUCACGAAGGAGGGAGUCGCGAGAUGAAAACAAAAAGAUAGAUGUGAGGCUGUAUCACUGAUUGCGAUUGCUAGAUGAAACGAACGAUGAGUUGCUGGAGAGCGUUAAAUUGAUUUUCCAAAGCCCGCUGCCAAAGCGUUUUUAUUUUCUCGUUUGUUUGUUUGCCUACUUAGCUUCAAGUCGAAACGGAAAUGUUAGAGAAACAGUUCAAUGAAACAAAAAAUAUAAUCUGUAUUGAUGCAAAUAAGGACAGGAAACACACACACAUACAAAUGAUACAACAAGUGUGUAGAAGAGAAACUGAAUUUGACAAUAACUAACUUUUUAAAAAAAAGUAUAUUUUUUAUUAGAAAGAGAUGAAACUGUAAGUUUUUAGUACAAAACCACCACUGUUGAACAGAACAAUGCCCAACUCUUUUUUGCCCGAAGCAAAAAAAAAGAAAAACAUAAAGUCAUCUGUGUUCCUCCGUUCCGAGUGCUUAUCCAACCAACCGGAGACAGAGAAGAAAUGGGGGAAAACUCAAUGACCGCUAGCUAUGAGAUGAAUGUAACACUUUUAACGUAUUUAUUUGGUUGUUUCGCAAACAAAACAAAACAAAAAACCAUAACGUCGUGCCAAGUUUUUGAAGCUGAAUCACAGCACCGUUCCUUUUCCUCUUCGAUGAACUUUGUGAUUGAGACACACUUAUGCACAGCAACAAAAAUCGCAAUGAGAGAAAAAAAAUGUAAAAGUAAGUGGAUAAUUUUGUACAGAAUAUUAUAAAAAAAUGUAAGAGAUCGUGGUGUUUUUUACUAGACAAAAAUUUACCAACAGUUUGAAUUUUGUUAGCCUGCGCAGCUGCUUGGUAUCAUCGGUCAGCCGAACUGCUCAGCCAGAUGCGGCCAACUUGAGCAACUCCGUUAAUCAUCGAUGUCAACAUUAUAUAGUAUCUGUUUUCGUUCAGCGGCUGUCCCGGGCUGGGCGAUCCGCAGCUGACCGAACCGCAGCGCGACAGGGGUUGUAAUCGCCUGUGUUGAAACCAUUUUAUUCGAAGCAUCGAAAUUGGAAUUUGGAUUUCAAUUUUGGAAUGGUGAGAGAAGCGUUGUUAGAAGCACAAAAUAAUUCGAACAGUCCGAACAGGGACCGGAUGUGAGGUUCGAAAAAAAAUAAUGAUUGGAUCAAAUUGGAACCCAAUUUCCACUUCAGCACAAUAUAAUUCUAACCAGUAAGCCACAAUAGAGACAGAGUUUUGUCGCGUACAGAUCGAAACUAUUUCUUUGAAAUAACAGUAUUAUGCAGCUUUCAGAAAAAAAAUAAGAAUCUGUUGGGACGAGUUAAAACAGCUGAGACAUGAAGAAAGCUACCUACCACACAACGCCCCACAUACUCUAAUCAUAACCAGACUAGUAAAUCCGAGACAGAAAAGUGGAAUUUGAGGCUUCUUCUAUAUAUAUAUAUAUAUAUAUAUAUAUAUAUAUAUAUAUAUAUACAUACACAAAUGUACAUAUCCUCUCUAUAUAUAUUUAUAUACUACCAAGAGAAGAAAAAGCUGCUUUGUACAUAUAAUAUUAAUUAUACUAUGACCAUGAAAAACAAUUGAGAAUAAAAGUAACGUGAUGAGACGAA